AUGAUUGCAAGGGCCUGGGACUCUAAUCCCAGGGUUAUCAAGUUUCCACGGAAACAUCAAAGAAGCUCUUCUGCCAAUGGUCUGAGACGACAGAAGCGAGACUGGGUCAUCCCACCAAUCAAUGUGCCCGAAAACUCUAGAGGACCCUUCCCACAAAUGCUUGUCAGAAUCCGCUCGGACCAGGACCUGGAGAAAGGGAUACGCUACAGCAUCACUGGAGCAGGGGCGGACCAGCCUCCCAUUGACGUGUACAACAUCGACCCUGUGCACGGCAAGAUGUUUGUCACCAGACCCCUGGACAGAGAGGAGAGGGCCUCCUACCAUCUGCGGGCCCAUGCUGUGGACAUGAACGGGAACAAGGUGGAAAGCCCCAUAGACCUGUACAUCUACGUCAUCGACAUGAAUGACAACCGGCCAGAGUUCCAAAACCAGGUCUACAACGGCUCUGUGGCUGAAGGCUCUAAACCAGGCACGUUAGUGAUGCAGGUGACCGCCAACGACUCAGAUGACGACACCACAGCCAAUGGGAUGGUGCGGUACCGGAUCCUAUCCCAGACCCCCCACAUGCCAAUCCCCAAUAUGUUCACCAUCAACAGCGAGACGGGAGACAUCUUCACGGUGGCCGCCGGCUUGGACAGGGAGAAAGUGUCCCAGUACACCAUCAUCGUCCAGGCCACGGACAUGGAGGGGAACCUGAACUUUGGCCUGUCCAACACGGCCACCGCCCUCAUCUCUGUGACCGACAUCAACGACAACCCUCCCGAGCUGACCGCCAGGACGUUUUCGGGGGAGGUCCCAGAGAACAGGGUGAAUGUGGUGGUGGCCAAUCUGACAGUGAUUGACAGGGAUCAGCCUCACAGCCCCAACUGGGCUGCCCAGUACCGCAUCGCCAGCGGAGACCCCCAGGGUCACUUCCUCAUCCGCACCAACCCUGUCAACAAUGACGGCAUGGUCACUGUGGUCAAGCCAGUGGACUAUGAGCAGAACAGGGCCUUCAUGCUCACGGUGAUAGUCUCUAACAAGGCCCCUCUGGCCAGUGGGAUCCAGUCUUCUCUCCAGUCUUCAGCGGGGGUCACCAUCUCCGUACAGGAUGUCAACGAACCCCCUGUCUUCCCUUCCAACCCCAAGUCCAUCCGUUUCGAGGAGGGUGUCCCUGCAGGCACCACACUCACCGUGUUUGCUGCCCAAGACCCUGACCUCUUCAUCCAUCAGACUGUCCGGUACUCGAAGCUGUCUGACCCAGCUAACUGGCUGAGGAUCAACAGGACCAACGGUCAGAUCACCACCAUGGCCGUGCUGGACAGGGAGUCCAUGUACGUCAGGAACAACAUCUAUGAGGCCACCUUCCUGGCUGCCGACAAUGGCUCUCCCCCAGCCAGUGGGACAGGUACUCUACAGAUACAUCUGAUAGAUGUGAAUGACAACGCUCCAGUGCUGUUGCCCAAGGAGGCCCAGGUGUGUGAACGGGCCAGCCCCCGCUCCAGGGUCAACAUCACAGCCUCCGACGCCGACGCUGACCCUCACGUGGGGCCUUUUGUGUUCGAGCUGCCCUCCUACCCUCCUAGCGUCCGACGCAACUGGACCGCCUCCCGCAUAAGCGGUGACUAUGCCCAGCUGAGACUGAGGAUUCCCUACCUGGAUGCAGGGGUGUAUGAUGUUCCCAUCAUAGUGUCGGACUCUGGGAACCCGCCCCUCUCUAACAGGUCUAUGAUAAAGGUCAAGGUGUGUCCGUGUGACGACAACGGAGACUGUACUACCACCGGAGCUGUAGCUGCCGCUGGACUGGGGACCGGAGCGAUCAUAGCCAUACUCAUCUGUAUCAUCAUACUGCUUACAAUGGUACUGGUGUUUGUGAUGUGGAUGAAGCGGAGGGAGAAGGAGCGUCAGGCCAAGCCCCUGCUGAUUGACCCAGAGGACGACGUCAGAGACAACAUCCUGAAAUACGAUGAGGAGGGAGGAGGAGAGGAGGACCAGGACUAUGACCUAAGCCAGCUGCAGCAGCCCGAGGCUCUGGACCACAUCAUCUGUAAACCAACGGGGGUGCGCAGAGUGGACGAGAGGCCUGUCAUCGCUGAGUCCCAGUACCCCGUCAGACCCAGCCUGCCUCAUCCCGGAGAUAUCGGAGACUUCAUCAACGACGGUUUGAGGGCAGCAGACAACGACCCCACAGCUCCGCCCUAUGACUCCCUGCUGGUGUUUGACUACGAGGGCAGCGGCUCCACGGCCGGCUCCGUCAGCUCCCUCAACUCCUCAAGCUCAGGGGACCAGGACUACGACUACCUCAACGACUGGGGCCCCCGCUUCAAGAAGCUGGCAGACCUCUACGGCGGAGGAGACGACGACUGA